UAUGGGCAAAUUCAAUCAGAAAAAAACUGAACCCAAAACGACGAUUGCGAAGUCUCCUUUUGUCUUCUCCAUCAACAGCGACUUUUUUUCUCCCUUUUCCUGGAAAAAUUCCUCCACUGAUUUGUUCUUCUGCUUCUUCUCGUGAAUUCAAUUUCUCUGGUAAAGAGAGAGUGUGUGUGAGAUCGGCGAUGGGGAGAGGAAAGAUAGUGAUAAGGAGGAUCGAUAAUUCGACGAGCAGGCAAGUGACGUUCUCGAAGAGGAGAAAUGGAUUGUUGAAGAAGGCGAAGGAGCUAGCGAUUCUGUGCGAUGCGGAGGCCGGAGUCAUUAUCUUCUCCAGUACUGGAAAACUCUAUGAAUAUUCAAGCACCAGCAUGAAGUCGGUGAUUGAAAGAUACAACAAAACAAAGGAGGAGAAUCAUCAAUUGGCAACUCCAACUUCUGAGGUUAGGUUUUGGCAAAGGGAAGCGGCAAUGCUGAGGCAACAACUACAGAACUUGCAAGAGAAUCACCGACAAAUGAUGGGUGAAGAGCUUUCUGGUCUGAGCAUCAAAGAUUUGCAGAACUUGGAGAACCAACUGGAAACGAGUCUCCAUGGUGUUCGUGUAAGAAAGGACGAAAUUCUGAUUGAUGAGAUACAAGAACUAAACCGAAAGGGAAACCUCAUUCAUCAGGAAAACAUGGACCUAUAUAAGAAGGUAAACCUAAUUCGUCAAGAAAAUAUGGAAUUGUGUAAGAAGAUUUAUGGAAAUAGAGAUGCAAAUGGAGUGAGCAGAAGUCCCCUUGUUGCGAACAGUUUAAGCAUCAAUGAGGACCUUCAUGCUCCUGUUCAUCUCCAGCUUAGCCAGCCACAGCAACAGAACUAUGAGACAUCGGGAACUACCGAAUUGGGGCUACAACUGCAUUCGCAGUGAAAACCAGAGUCGUAAGAGUUUUCAGUUCUCAUGUUGAAGAAGCAGCUGUGCUUACAGAGCUAUGUUUUAAUUUUUAAUGGUAGUAAUGAUAUAGAACCCAGAGAUGUCAGGAAAAAAUCUUCAGUUCAUAAGGUUUAUGACAUCAAGUUUGACAAGUGUGAGGUAAUCCUUAGCACAACUACUUAAAGUAAGAUAACAACAAAUAAAGGAAUACAUUGGCACAGUACCUCUACAUUUCUUUAUCUUUCUUGGCACUUCAUGCUUAUGAUGUGUAUGCCCUGUAUACUAGGAUUGUCCUUGAUGACGUUUUCAAAUAGCUAUAAAUAGUUGACUACUUAAAACAGGGGUGGGAGCAAAGAAAUGCAAUCAGAAAAAGGAUAUACAUAACAGUAACUCCUCAAAGAAAUUCCUUGAGAAACACACCACAAGCAA